AUGAUAAUAAUUUCAUUAAUUUUAAUGACAAUUAAAUUAUUUUUCUUUGCAACACCUUUAGUUGGAUUAGUAGCAUCAUCAAUAUUUUUAGAUUAUAGAUCAACAUUAAGAAUUUCAUUAGUAUUAUUGAUAUGUCAAUUGAUAUCAUUAUUAGUUCAAUCAUUAUUUGUUAAAGGUGGAAUUGAAAAAUGGAAUUUUAUUAAAUUUAUAAUAGAUAUACCAAUAUUGGCAUUAUCAUAUUAUAUCUACCCAUUAAUUCCCGAUCAAGUGAUAGAUUUCUAUUAUUAUUGUUUUCAAUGGAUAUUUCCAUUAUUAGUUUAUACAGUAGAAUCAUAUCAAGCCAUUUUAUUAAUUGUUUUCAAAUCACGUUCCCUCUCAAAUCAAUUAAUUUCAAGUGAUUCAAAUAAUAUCAUUUUCAAAACAUUUGUAAUUUUAAUUUCAAUCUUUUCAUAUUCACUUUCUUUCUUUAUAAUUUAUCAAAUAUUUAAUUAUAAUAUAAUUUCAACUUUAAAUUCAUGUUUAUUAUCAAGUUUAGGUACAUUGAUGAUAUUAUUAUUACCAUAUAUGUAUAUGGUUGAAGAAUCAAUGUUAUCAGAUAUAUCAUUAAUAACAUUAACCAUUUGUUUAAAUCUUUAUUCAUUCUUUUUCCAAUUCGAUACAUCAUCGAUUAUAAACACUGUAAACAUAUUAAAAUCAUUAUCUUAUUUGGUUACUUUCAUAUUAAUAUCAUAUCCAAUAAUUAAUAAUAAACUGGAUUCUGAUAGUACUGAUCAAUUUAUAAAUGGUGAUGACGAUGAUGAAUCGGUAUUAUUAAAAUUAAAAUCUAAAAUAUUUCAUAUUGGAUUAGUUAUUGCUUUAACUUAUUUACCAUUAUCAAUGACAAAUAUAGUAUCAAAUGGUAAUUUAGUAUUUAGGUAUCUUCAAGGUGUAUUCACUGUUUUAUGUUAUUUUGCUUUAUUAUCCCAAAGUAAUAGUGAUCCUUUCAAAUUUAAAUAUGACUAG